GCGCGCGGGCGUCGCGAGGGGCGCGCCCCUGCGAUCGCCUUCAUGAGCGUCUACAACCACGGCCUGGCAUCGCCAGACAGGCGGAAGGUUGCCGCUGCCUGGCACGCGGCGCGCCGGCGGGCGCACGCUCGCCCAAAGGCGCGGCUUUUCCUGCCCGCCGGCGAGUUCAGCUACGACGACGGCGCCGACCUCGGCUGUCUCAAUCCCUCCCGGUCGCCGCAACAUGAGGCGAACAUUAAGAAGGCGGCGAGACUGAACGGCAAUUUUCCCCCCCGCGAGCCAGACCUGGCGAGUCACCCGGCGCGCCUGGGCGCCGCCCCCCCGCUGCUCCGAUCUGCUGCGCGCGCCCGCUGGCGGCGAGAUACGCGCGCGCUGGGCUUGCUCAUCGCGACUGCCCCGAUUGCUGCCAAGUAUUUUCAGGUCGGCGAUGAAGGGGCUGCUCUCCUCGUCCCCGACGCCUUUGCCUCCCGCAUGCGCCGGGCGGCCCCGUCUGUUCUUGAUCGUCGACGCGCCGACGCCCAGCUCCGCGCCGCCGCCGCUUAUCAGAGAGGCGCCCGCGACGCAGGCGCCAACUGGGGCUGCGGGUGGAGGACGCGGCAAAUGGCUCAGCUAUGUCGCCCCUUCCACAGCGCGCAGAUAUUGGCGGGCAUGCUGCAGUCGGCGCAUCCAGCCACAUCGGCCAUCUCGUCUACAACCACUCUGGCGACAGCCAGGGAUGGC